AUGUUUCUUAGACAUUUGCGUCAGCAAGCUGAGCGGAUGUAUCCUCUUAAAGUUCACCCUGAGAGCAGAAUAGCAGAUAUAAAUGAUGGUCAGACAGAUGCAAGCCCAGAGAGAAUAAAAUUAAAGCAGAGGAAAGUACCAUCCCCUACUCCCUGCAGUUUCUUUGCAACUGGAAACUUAUCUGAUUGCAUUGGCCAACUUCCCAAUCUUCGCUAUCUCUUUUUUGCCGGUCUCAAUGUGAUCAAUGAAUCAGUCCUUUCUCUAUCAUCUUUGUUCCAAAACUCCACCCAGACAUGGCGCGAAUUUAGGCUUCUAGAGUUAGGUUUAAGGUUUCAAAAGGUUUCAGGGAAGAUUUGGAGUUUGCUGGAAAGAGAGAAGGCAAAGAGAAAUCGACUAGAGAGAGGGCAAGAGGCUUCUGAGCGUAAAGCCAAUGCUUGUCAUGAAGAAGAAAAAGAAGCAUUGAUAAGCUUCAAAUCUCAUAUUACAGACCCUUCAAAUCGUUUAUCUUCGUGGAAAGGCCAGAACUGCUGCAGCUGGUAUGGAAUCCGUCGUUCAGACUCGCUUCAUGUCACAGCCAUUGACCUCCGAAAUCCCAAUCCAGACAGCCUUAUCUUGGACUUGAAUUCCCAACCUGUUUCCACAUCUGACUUCCCUUCUACUGAUCUUACCGGCACCAUCCCUUCUUCUCUUUUCUCCCUUACUCUUAUCAGAAAACUGAAACUCAGUGGUGUUGAUCUAUCAGAAGCAUCUCGGUCAACCCUAUGGGCUAAAUCUAUAUCUAAUCUUUUCAUGCUGAGGUUGCUUGACCUGUCAAAUUGCGGGAUUUCUGGUGAGGUUCCAGUUGAGCAGCUUUUUAACCUCUCCCGUCUCUCUCAUUUGUUCAUGGACUUCAACUUUAUAGCAUCCAAAAUCCCAAGUAAGUUGGCCAAUCUCACCUCUCUCUCAGUCCUUGACCUCACCAGAUCGAAUCUACAAGGCCAUAUCCCUUACCUUCCUCAACUAAAGGACCUUUAUGUGGGAAGCAACUCUGAUCGUAUGGUUGAUCUCCAUUCCAUGCUCGCAGUCCCCUGGCCUCAAUUAGAAUCUAUUGACAUGUCUUCUACCCAAGUUAUUGGAUCUAUCCCACCCUCUAUAGCCAACAUCACCUCGUUAGAUGAUUUCAUAGCGUACAAUUCUUUGAUUCAGGGCCAGAUACCUGCCUCCAUGAUGAACCUUUCAAGCUUAGAACAAUUGUUUCUAGACAUGAACAGUUUUACUGGUGAGAUUUCACCUUCAAUAUCCAAUUUAAAAAGCCUGCAUUAUCUGUCUUUGAUUCAGAACUCUUUUAAAGGAUCCAUACCUGACACGAUUUGCAGCAUCUCCUCUCUCCACACUCUAGCUUUAGCAGAAAACUCUUUUAUUGGAAAUUUACCAGAUUGCAUUGGCCAGCUCCAUGAUCUCAGCUACCUCGAAGUUAGCUUCAACAUGAUGAAUGGAACAAUCCCCUCCCUGUCCUUGUCGUUCCAAAACUCGACCCCAUAUAUGGUAGGUCUUGGAUUUAGUGGGCUAACCGUCUUAUCAGGAACAAUUCCCUCUUGGCUGUUCAAUCUUCCCAAUUUAGGUUACUUAGAUAUCUCCUUUAACAGUCUACAAGGCGUUAUCCCACCUAACAUUAAGCUAAAGUUAUUUUUCAUACAGACAACACUUAUUUUAAGAAACAAUCAACUCCAUGGGUCCAUCCCUCGGCGGAUUGAGAACAUCGAAGCCUUGGAUUUAUCCAUACUUGGCAUCUCCAGCAAUAAACUUUAUGGUAAUAUCCCAUCCUCCGUCUGUCAAGCAAAUAGUGAGCUUAUGCUGCUUGAUCUUUCCAACAACAACUUUGCAGGAACAAUUCCAACCAGCUUAGGAAAUUGCACAUCUCUAAUAUAUCUGAACCUUGGAGGGAACAACCUUAGCGGGGUAUUCCAAGGAAACUGCAAGGUGCGAAAAAGUUGA